CAAUAACAAUCACAACCUCAACAACAGCAACAACGACAACAACAUCAACGGCAAUAGGCGCGCGCGCUGGGUAGGCGUGGCAGGUGUAUUGGUUAUUGGACGCAAUUAGUUUAGACAAUUCCCUCAUCCCCCUCCCCCAUCCACCAACCAUAAUAGAAGAAGAUAUACAUAUAUCUUUGCUGGGUACGAAAUUCAUUUGAUAACACAAAGACGACGUCUGGAGCCUUAGAAGGAGGAAGAGUAUACCAUAGCAAAGGACAUCCUAAAGGCUAAGUGGCACACGACACGAGACUAGCGUUGUUUACUUCAAUGCUGUCGCACAAUUGGACGACUUGAGCAGACAAAUUGUUUAGGAGUAGAGCAUCAUGCUCUCCAUUAGGGAGGAGCAGCAUGUGGCCACCAGUCAUCCGCAGCCGGCAAAUGGAGUGGAUGCAAAUGUUGUUCAGGAUGAUGAGCCACCCGUAGCUGCCGAUGGCGGUCUAUGGACAGCCUUGUAUGACUACGAUGCCCAGGGCGAAGAUGAGUUAACUCUGCGUCGUGGACAAAUUGUUGUUGUCCUUUCCACAGACAGUGAAGUAUCCGGCGACGAUGGCUGGUGGACGGGCAAGAUUGGCAAUAAGGUUGGGGUAUUUCCACGAGAUUUUGUAACCGAUGUGGAUCCAUUGCAACAGAAUGUACCAUCGGCGAUUGGUAACAUUCAGCCGCAUGAAAUUGCCUACGAUGAGUUGGACAUUAAGGAGGUUAUCGGGUCUGGUGGCUUCUGCAAAGUGCAUCGCGGCUACUACGAUCGCGAGGAGGUGGCCAUCAAGAUAGCCCAUCAGACGGGUGAGGAUGAUAUGCAACGUAUGCGCGAGAAUGUCCUGCAGGAGGCCAAACUAUUUUGGGCUCUAAAGCAUGAAAAUAUUGCCGCUUUGCGCGGUGUCUGCCUGAAGACGAAACUCUGCCUGGUCAUGGAAUAUGCUCGAGGUGGUAGUCUCAAUCGUGUACUGGCUGGUAAAAUUCCACCCGAUGUUCUCGUCAAUUGGGCCAUUCAGAUAGCGCGCGGCAUGAAUUACCUGCACAAUGAGGCGCCCAUGUCAAUAAUACAUCGUGACCUCAAGUCAUCCAAUGUUUUGAUCUAUGAGGCCAUCGAGGGUAAUCAGCUGCAUCAGAAGACGCUUAAGAUAACCGACUUUGGACUGGCCCGUGAGAUGUACAAUACACAAAGGAUGAGUGCAGCGGGCACAUAUGCCUGGAUGCCGCCAGAAGUUAUCAGUCAAAGCACAUACUCCAAAUCCUCCGAUGUCUGGAGCUAUGGAGUAUUGCUGUGGGAACUAAUUACUGGCGAGACACCAUACAAAGGUUUCGAUCCACUGUCUGUGGCCUAUGGCGUUGCUGUUAAUAAACUAACCUUGCCCAUACCAAAAACAUGCCCAGAAACCUGGGGUUGGGGAGCCCUAAUGAAAAGCUGCUGGCAAAUUGAUCCGCACACACGACCAGGAUUUAAGGAGAUACUCAAACAAUUGGAAAGCAUUGCUCUAUCGAAAUUCUCGGUUACUCAAAAGGAAACGUUUCACUAUAUGCAAGAGUGCUGGAAGCAGGAGAUUGCCGAAGUUCUGCACGAUUUGCGCGAAAAAGAAAAGCGUUUCCAAACCAUCGAAGAGGAAUUGCGCAACAAGGAGGAGCAAUUGCGUCGAGUACAAAAUGAGCAGCGUGAGAAAGCGAAUCUUCUCAAGAUACGUGAAGAGCAUUUGCGUGAACGUGAAAUUGAGUUAAUGGGCCGUGAGCUAGUCAUGAUGCAGCCAGUGCCAUCGAAACGUAAACCCAAAAAGGGCAAAAAGAAACCUUUGCAAAUAAGUUUACCCACGGGUUUUCGUCAUACAAUUACAACAGUGAGGGAUAAAAUUGAACCGCCUGGAUCACCAUCUUUAUCCGGAUUGCGCAUUGUGGCACGCUGCAAAAUGGAAGAGAACUGGCGACCAGGACCAGCCAAUAUGCCCAUCAUGUCGCCAUCGCCCUAUCUGCUCAGUCGUUUCACCAGCAAUGUGCCAUUGCCCACACUUUAUGCCGGGGAUGCGGUCCGUAAGCCCAAGCUGUCGGUAAUCGAACUGCUCCUCUAUAACAUGGCCUCGCUGCUGGCCGGUGUGGCGGCUGGUUACGAUGUCCGCAUGUCGAAUGUCUCCCCAGUGCAUCCGACAUUGCUAAGCGAAAUUCAGGCCUUGAGAACAGCUCCCAAAGCAUUGACAGCCUCCAAUAUACUGGAGGAAGAGGUACUGGUGGAGCAGCAGCAGCAGCAGCAACCGCCAACACACGAAGAGAGAGAUGAAAAGAAUCUGCUGGACCAAGAGACGACGACGGAUACAUUGCUAAAACUAACCACCACUGAUGGGCCAUUGAAGUUGGAAACGGAAUUGCAAAUACUACCAGAGACUCCAAGGCGUAAAGUUUCGGCCACAAGGUAUGCAUCAGCAGCAACACAGCAGCAGCCACAAAUGGUGGAGAGUAAGUUGGCCCAGGCCACACACGCUGCAUCAAUAGCUCGUCGCAUAGGUGGCAGUCAGACGUAUUACACACCAGUGCAACGUACACCGCAACAUCAGUUGCAUCUGCAACAGCAGCCACAGCCGCAGCAACAAUUGCCACCAAACCAAACACAGCCACCACAAGCACAGGCAGUGACGGCGCUUUAUGCUGCCGGCUCACAACCACCAACACCAUCGCCACGUCGCAAAUUGAGCAAUGCCGCUGAAGGCUUUGAGGAGUUUCGUGUGGGCGGUGGCAUUGGACCGCCUCCGCUUUAUGCUCCGGCUGAUUAUUUGCGGAAUGGUCCCAGUUAUUCUAAUGAUGGCGGUGCAACCUAUCGGAAUGGUUACUUUGGUUCAAACUAUUUUCCAUAUCGACCGGAAUUGAAUUACGCCUAUGAGCGUGAUUGUAAAUCUUAUCCAGAUUAUUCCUAUGACUAUAAUCAUCGUCUGCCCGAUUACUAUGAAUAUCAAUAUGAGGCACCACCACCACCACCAGUUGCUGUGACACGAACACCACCGCCUCGUGUACCCCAAAUGGGUGUUAGUGCGGCAGGACAUCGAAGGACACCAUCGACUGUGUCGAAUAAUUCGAAUGUCCUGCUAUUGGAGCAGGAAGAGUUAAUCUAUGAUUACAAUAAUCUCAAUUUGGACUAUGACAGGGUGGGGCAACAAACGCAGCAGCAGCAGCAGCAGCAACAGGAGGCACAGCCAAUUGCAACAGCACAAGCACCACAACCACCCACUAAACAGGAGCUCUACGCCGCAGGAUCACCAAAGUUGCUCAAUCGCUUAAUACAUAGUCCCUUGCCGAUAACCAAGACCAAAUACGCAACUGUCACCCGGCCAGCUAGUCUGCCCUUUGAGCAACAUGGACUCAAUCUAAGUUAUCAGCCGCAGCAGCAGCAGCAGCAGCUGCCAAUUGGAGCUGUGGCAUCUCUGCCACCAGUUGUCAGUGCCACCAGUCAGGCCUCCAAAUUGCGUAGUUCUCUCAAGAAAUACAAUGGCACAGGGGGGGGAGGCAAUGGGAAUAAUGCUGGAAACGGAGCCGGCAGCAAUAGCAUCUCAUCUCAACAGGGCACACCAACAAAUGCCACACCGCCCGAUUCAUUGACCAGUGAUGAUAGCUCAUAUUUGAGUGCCAAAGAGGGAUCCAUUGGAUCGCAGCAUAGUCGUGUGCGUUUCAGUCCGGAGGCCUAUUUGGAUGUGAAUCUAUCGACACAUGGUCAUGGCAAUGCAUUGGCCAGACGAAUGACGGCACCAGCCAUGCACACGCAUCAGCAGCAACAUCAGCGACGACAACGUCACACCUCCAGCGCCAGCACACCAUCACCAUCGCCAUCGUCAUCGUCCUAGCAGGCGCGUUUGGCGCUAACCCUUCAGUUGGCGCGUAGUCCGGGAGCGGACAUCGGUAGUAUUGCUGUUAACAAUGCUGGGGCAUUGGGUUUGGGUCUGGGAUUGCAUCAGCAACGUGUCCCCUAUCGUUGGUAUUCAGGUGCACGACGUUCUCGUUCCGCACACUAUGAAUAUCGUUUGUGAGUGGGUGCGAGUGAGAGCAAAAGAGUCGCCGUGAAUUAGAGUGAAAUGCCAAUACAUAUAGACAGAGAGAGAGACAUACAUACAUACCUCAGAUACCAGACACCAUCAGCAUAAGAUUGAAAGAGGAUUAGGAGGAGCUUUAUUAUCCCCAUGUAUAUAUCGAUUAUAGAUAUAUUUCAAACAUUUUUUGGUAUAGUCUUCAAAUUUGUUUCAAUAUGCAA